GGGAGGGGCGGAGCAUCCCACAGGGCCUUGCGCGAAGAUGGCGGCGCUGAGCGCGGCUCCAUGGCGGCGGGGCUGCCCGCCCGCCCUGCAGCUCGUCCGCCGCGGCUCCAAGGCCGUCACCCGCCACUGGAAGGCCAUGCACUUCCAGCGCCAGAAGCUCAUGGCCGUCACCGAGUACGUGGCCCCGCGCCCGGCCGUGCCCCCGCGGUGCCGGCCCCCCGACACCGGAGCCCGGGUGGACCAGGAGGACGACGGUUACGUGCGGCUGCUGCAGCGGCAGGUGCAGGAGGCGUUCCGGGAUAACCGGAUGAUCGCCGUGUGCCAGUACAACGCCAUGGCCGGGGACGAUGUGGUUCUGCUGCGGCACUACCUGCGCAGGCACAACAUCGAGGUCAAGUUCUUCCUGAACGAGAUCGUCCGGCCGGUGCUGGCGCAGUCCAAGUACAGGAACCUCCUCCCUCUCUUUGUGGCCCGUAACCUCCUGCUGGUGAGCCGGGAAGCCAAGGCCAAGGAGAUGCUGCGGGUGCUGAAGGGAGUGCCGCAGGUCAACCUGCUGGGCGCCUGCAUCGACGACACCAUCCUGAGCAGGCAGGGAGUGGAGAACUUUGCCAAGCUGCCCUCUCUGGAGGUGGUGCAGGGGCAGGCAGUGGGGGCCCUCUCCCUCCUGCCCUCCCAGACCUCCUCCCUGCUCCAGUGCAGCUCUGCACACCUCACUGCGCUGCUGGACCAGCACAUCCGCCGGCUGCAGGAGGGCGAGGGGGGGGCCCCGGUGCAGCCCAGCCCAGAGCCCACAGGGGCUCAUUGAUGCUGGGACCCGGCCCUGCCUUGUGUGUUCGGCUCCUUCACUGGGGGGAGCCAGGGGUGGAAGUUUUGGCACCGGGUGGGAAGCCAGCGGUGGGACCCGGGUCUGGCAGCACCACCCUGGAGCCCUUCCCUUUGCUCCCUGCACCCAUGGCCGUGGGGAACAACCCUGCUGUGGUUUGGGUGCUGCAGGCAGAGGGUGCUGGGGUCACCCGGUGGAAGCUGCGUGUGCUGGGAAGGAUUUUGGGUGCUCCAACCCCCCCGAAUGGACGCUGAGGGGGAGUGUGUUGUAACAACCGACUGCAGCAUCCUGCCGUGCCCAUUAAAGCAAGUGGUGUUGAUGCCA